AUGCCUGUUAUACCAGAAUGUUGUAUUUGUAGAGUUAGCUUAAAAAAUAAUUUAUGUGUAGAAAAGAAUUGUGGUAAUAUUUUUCAUUACAACUGUAUGAUAAAAUGGAUGGAGCUUCAAAAGUCCUGUCCAUUGUGUAAAAGUUCGUGCUGUAAGAAGAAUUUAUUAUCUAUCCAUUAUGAAAUAAAUGAAGAGAAUAAAAUAAAAAUUGAUGAAAAUAUUUUAAAUAAAAGCAAAGAUGAGUUAUAUGAAGAGCUGUCGAAAUACGAAGCGGAUUUAAUAAAGACACAAAAUGAAAAUGAAAAAUACGCUUUAGAAAUUUUAACAUUAACAAAUAAAAAUAAAAUAUUAAGUGAAACAGUUAGUAAAAGUAAUGUAAAAAUUAAUGAAGGGAAAAUUGAAAAAGAAAAAUUAAAAGAUUUAAAAGAUGAAUAUUUAAAAGAUAAAAUAUUAUUGACAGCCAAAAUUGAAGAAUAUGAAAAAGAAUUGAAAAAAUAUAAAUUAAUUGAAAACUUUUUAGAAGAUUUAAAUAAAGAAGAUUUGAAUAGAAUAAAUUUAUUGUUUGGAUUUAAUAUAUUAUCUAUAAGUGAACAGAAAAAUGUUAUACUUAAUUAUAUAAAAAAUUGUAUGACGAAAGAAAAAAAAAAUGAACAAAUAAUAAAAGAAUUAAAUGAACAAAUUGUCGAAAAGGAUAAUCAAAUUCAAAAUUUUAAAGAAAAAUUAUAUAAAUAUAAAUUAAAUGAAGAAAUUAAUGAUAGUAAUGAAAAUAAAUUAUCAAAUGAUGAAAAGGAUACUAAACCAAUUAAAAUUAAAAAUAAAAUAAUUAGACGAGUUGCUACCUUAGAAUCUAAAAGAAAUCGUAAUAGAUUUAGAUAUAGUCAUAACAAUAAUAUUAUUAGUAGUAAUAAUACGAAUCUCUCAAAAUCGAAAACAUCUAAUGACAAUAUUUUAUCAAAUAAUAAUUUAGAUUUUAUCAAUUUUAUCGAUAAUAAAAUUAAUAAUUCAAAUUCUCUUGAAUCUAUACAAACCACACCAAAAAGAAAAAAAUUCCAUCCCAUCGAAAUAGACUUAUUAAGAAAUAAAUCGGUUGAUAAACUUUUUAGUAAUCUCAUCGACAAAAAUUUUGAACAACAAAAAAAAGAAAAUUUUGAAUUAUAUUCAAAUAAAACAGAACCGUGCCCUACACAAAACAAUCAAAGCACAUCAAAAGCACAAUUAUUACCAAGAUCAUCAUUAAAAGUACAUGAGAAUAAAAAAACAAGCAGACAUAGAAAAAGGAAAUCCUUAAAUUCACAAUCAAGCAAAAUAACAGACUUUUUUAAAAAAACAAUGAAUUAA